CAGUCCUGAACAGCAAGCUGCAUGGUGCGGUCGGUUUUAAAUUUGAAAUUCGCGUUUUCCAUUCAAGUUCUUGUGUUUAUUGUGAUUGAAAUAUAUGUUCCUUCCGCUGUGAGAAGUGAGAAGUUUAUUAGGAAAUUGUUUGAUCAGUGCUGACAGGAAGACAGUUUGCAUAAAAAUAAUCGCAAUCGAGUGUACUCAGUCGUUGUUCGACGCAUCGAACUUGCUGAUUGUGGCGGUUUUGCGCCUGAACCGUACCGGACAGUCUGGAAAAACAAUAUCUUGCGUAAUAAUUUCGAACGUGAUUGCAUUUUUCCGGCGCAAUUUUGUUUAUUGUAAUACUCGCCAACGUGUGUAGUUUAUCGGGAGCUGAAGUGUUGAGACAAUGAGUGACAAGGUCUAUCUCAAUGGAAACGGCGUCACCAAGAACGGCGGUGGCAAUGGCUGUGGACCUGUUUCGACCAACGGAAUGACCGACGAUAAUGGGACAAUUGCGGGCGUUUACUACAGCGCUAAGGAGUGCCCAGGGUACACCUACGACACUCUGCAAGAUAUAGCGAAUCACCUGCUCAGCAGAACACAGCUGCGGCCCAAGAUUGGCAUCAUUCUGGGCACCGGUCUCGGUUCGCUGGCGAAUCAGCUUACCGAUGCGGACUACAUCGAUUACGAAACGGUACCACAUUUCCCCGUCUCGACGGUUGAAGGUCACGUUGGAAGACUGAUAUUCGGGUAUCUCAAAGGCGUUCCGGUUAUGUGCAUGCAGGGGCGCUUCCAUUACUACGAAGGAUAUCCGUUGGCGAAGUGUUCGAUGCCCGUGCGGGUGAUGAAAUUGGUUGGCUGCAGCCAUCUGAUCGCCACAAAUGCCGCCGGAGGUCUUCAUCCGGACUACAAGGUCGGUGACAUCAUGCUCAUGAAAGACCACAUCAACAUCAUGGCCUUCGCUGGAAAUAACCCACUGCAGGGACCGAAUGAUGCUCGCUUUGGUCCUCGUUUCCCCAACAUGAUGAAUGCGUACGACUGGAAACUCCUCCGGAAGGCGAAAGAGAUCAGCAAAGCCAUGGGGAUCGAGAACAAUGUACACGAGGGUGUGUACAUUUGCUUGGGUGGACCAAAUUUCGAAACCGUUGCGGAAUUGAAGAUGCUUCGAAUUUGGGGCGUCGAUGCGGUGGGAAUGUCAACAGUGCACGAAAUCACAACCGCCCGUCACUGUGGAAUGACCUGCUUCGCGUUCAGUCUGAUAACGAACCUUUGCAUCCCCGAAUAUGACACCGACGAGUUGGCCUGCCACGAAGAUAUUGUUGGGAUUGGUCUGCGACAGGAGAAGACGCUGGCGGAACUGGUGGGACGAGUGGUCAAGCAUAUCCACAUGGAGCACAAACAGUGAAAGAUUGAAGGAAUCUGGAAUUUUCUGUGAUGGAAAGGCAUUUUCAACGGACAUCGAUUGCAGUUCAAUCCGCAUUCGCGCAGGUUUUUCUGCGCCAAGUGAAUAAUCUUAAGUUUUAAACGUUCAUAUAACAGAGCAUUUUUUUUAUGAUAUAGUGAAUGUUGUUAAGUGUUAAGAUUAGAGACAGCAUAUGCAAUAUAUACAUAUAUAUUUUUAAGAAAAUGAUUGCCUACAUGAUUUUUUGUGAAACGGUCAGAUCAAUGAACUGCAACGAAGCUUGUUUUGAUCACCCGAUUUUCAUAAACUGAUAAGUUAUCUUGUUGAAAUAGCCGAUGAUGUUGAUGUAAAAAUGACAGUAAAUGGUAUUGAUGUA